UCCUGCCUGAGUUAAACUGGUCUUCCGCCUCGGUCACCGGCUGAGCGGGACCAACCGGAGCAGUUCAAGAUGGAGACCGAGUGGAAGAAGGGCGAAGUUCACAACUGCGUCAUCAAUUUGAGAGAAAAUCCCCGGAGACGAAAGGCCAAGGUCCGCGUCGGAUGUGGCGCAGGGUUUGCUGGAGAUCGACCGGCCGCAGCCCUCAAACUGCUUCAGACAGUGGAAGAGCUCGAUUAUCUUGUCUUGGAAUGCUUGGCCGAGCGCACUCUUGCCGACCGCUACCACCUCAUGGCCGCUGGCCAGAAGGGAUACGAUCCUCGAAUUUUGGAGUGGAUGUCUCUAAUUCUGCCUGAAGCUGUUGUGAAACGAGUUUGCAUCAUUACAAACAUGGGUGCAGUGGAUCCAAUUGGUGCACAGAAGGAAGUCCUGGAUCUGGCUAGCAGCUUGGGAAUCAGUAUGACCGUCUCCAUAGCAUAUGAAGUUUCUUCAACGGAAUCCUCAGGUUUUCUGUUACCUUCUGAUGAAUACAAUGCAAUGGAUAGGGGUAUGAGUACAUAUCUAGGAGCAGCUCCCAUUGUUCAAUGCCUAGAGAGAUACGAGCCAGAUCUUAUAAUUACUUCAAGAGUUGCUGAUGCCGCACUGUUCUUGGCUCCGAUGGUGUACGAACUAGGUUGGGAUUGGAAUGACUUCAAUCAAUUAGCCCAAGGGACCCUAGCUGGCCAUCUCCUAGAGUGUGGCUGUCAGCUUACAGGAGGAUAUUUUAUUCAUCCAGGAGACAUUCACCGAGAAAUUUCUUUUGAGCAACUUUUAGAUUUAUCUCUUCCAUUUGCUGAAAUUGGUUAUGGCGGAGAAGUAUAUGUUGCAAAAGCUGAUGGCAGUGGAGGUGUUCUGAAUCUUAGUACUUGUGCUGAGCAGCUACUUUAUGAGGUUUGGGAUCCAAGUUCAUACAUUACUCCUGAUGUGGUUAUUGAUUUGCGGGAUGUUUAUUUCUGCUCCUUGUCAGAUGAUCGAGUUUGUUGUGAUGGAACUAAACCAUCUACUAUUCGAUACCCUGAAAAACUUCUGCGACUGACUCCAUCAUUUGAUGAUUUCCAGGAAUGUGGAUGGAAAGGCUGGGGAGAGAUAUCUUAUGGAGGAUAUAAAUGUCUAUUGCGUGCUGAGGCGGCAGAUUUUCUAGUUAGGUCAUGGGUGGAUGAAAAGUAUCCCGGUAUCAAAGAUUCCAUUAUUUCCUACAUUAUUGGCUAUGACAGCCUAAAAGCAGCCAACAGUAGUACAAGAAUUUCUUCAUCGGAGCAAUUAAUGGAAGUAAGGCUUCGUAUGGAUGGCUUAUUUAAGCUGAAAGAGCAAGCCAUUCACUUUGCUCAGGAGUUUAUGGCUCUUUACACAAAUGGGCCAGCGGGCGGUGGAGGUAUUAGCACUGGGCACAAAGAGGAGAUACUUCUUCUGAAGGAGCAGGUCGAACGUGAAAAAGUCCUCUGGCGAACAGAAGCAAGGAGAUCGAAUGUUGCAGUCAUAGCUGAAGGUGCGAGGAAAGCGAGCGACCCACUCGUCAUUCCAAAGAGAAAUUAUAUCAGAAACUUCACUGCUGCUCCAGAACCAGCCCCAUCUGGCAAGAAGAUCCCUCUAUAUCAAGUUGCUCACAGUAGAGCUGGUGACAAAGGAAAUGAUCUAAAUUUCUCUAUCAUCCCACAUUUCCCCGGAGAUAUUGUGAAGCUAAGACCUGUAAUCACUCCUGAAUGGGUGAAAGGAGUUGUCUCAUCUCUGCUGGAUUUCUCUCCAUUCUCAAUUUCCAUGGCUUCAAAGCAGAGAAGCGACAAGCUAGAGCUGGUUACAGUGGAGAUAUAUGAGGCCAGAGGAAUAAAUUCUUUGAAUAUUGUGGUCCGUAAUGUUCUUGAUGGAGGUGUCAAUUGUUCUAGAAGGAUCGAUCGCCAUGGGAAGACUGUUUCUGAUCUCAUAUUGUGCCAGGAGGUUGUUCUGCCGUAGUAAUUGAUAUUUAAUAUGAAAAUUUUAUCCUCUAUGUAAGUGCUUAAAUUCAAUAUUAUACAUUUAUCCUCUUCUUCUCAAGAUCUAAAAAGAGAGUAUCAAUCUUUCUUAUUUUUCUCUCUUAUUUCUCUCUUUUGGUUACUUAUGUAAAAUCUCUAUUGCAUUUGUUGUAGGUUUUUGAUAGAAGUUCUGUUGAAAUUUUUUAUCCUCUUGAAAUAUGAAGUUAUUGAAGUUUGAUUA